AUGCUUUUGGAUGCUACGGGAUCAUACGCACAUACAUUUUUAUUCGGGAAUGAUUAUUGGUUGGGAUCACAAUCGGCUUGUUUGGAUUUUUUAAAUGCUAAAAAUGAAUCCCCACCUUUUCCAGUAUCAUACUACACGGCAAAAUAUCAAAUUAAUUUAAAUACAACUACGUUACAACAAAGAAAGUUUCGACCGGUGACCAUGGGUCUUUGUUUACCCUCCGAAUGUAAGAAAAAUGAUUUGAAAACAAUUAUGGAAAAAUAUGUACCGGAUGUUGUGACAUUGAAAUCAUUACGAAAAGUACCAAAUCCUAAUUAUAAUUUUUAUUUAGAACCAAUGGCUAUUAUUUUAGCAGUCGUACUAGUGAUUGCCAUAUUAAUGAUGAUAACUGGAACAUGGAUCGAUUUAUUAUUGGAUCAAAAGAAAAAAAUAAACAAUCAAGGUCAAAGAAAUAAGGAAAUAGGUCAAAAUAAAAUUUCAAUUAAAAUUUCAACUAUUGAAAAAUUAAAAUUUUUCGUGAGCCAUCACGUGGAAGGAAAUAUAAGAGGAUCCGAACUCGGUCUAGUAGAAAAUACAAAUUCGAUUGCGGAUUCAACAUCGACACCCAGCGUUGCUUCAUUUGAAUCAUCUGAAAAUAAAUUAAGUACCCUAACGGAAAUUUUUCUUUGUUUUUCACUGAAACGAAACCUGGAAAAAAUAAGUCAUUCGAAAUCAAAAGAUUCACUAUCAUGCAUACACGGAUUUAGAGUUUUCAGUUUACUUUGGGUUAUAGCCGGUCAUACUUGCAUGAUAACGAUGCCUUUUGUUGAUAAUAAAAAUUUUCGAGCCAUUGUCGAAAGGGAUUUUCUCUUUCAAUCCAUUAGCAACGGUGCUUUCUCCGUGGAUACAUUUUUCUUAUUAAGCGGUCUAUUAAUUUCAUACGUUUAUUUCAAAGCGGAAACGAACAAAAGAUCAAAUGAAAACAAAAAAAAAGAUGAAAAUUUAAUAAAAUCAUUAAAAACGACUUUUUGUAUGAUUUGGAGCUGGUACCUUGCCAACGAUACACAAUUUUACUUUCUCGGCCUUUUACUUCUAUUAAUAUCCUCAAGGUAUCUUAAAACGACAGCAGCGUUUACGAUAUUAUUAUUAGUAAGUUCUUGGGUGACAACUGCCGUAAUAACUCUUUACACUCAUCACAAACCAAGUAUUGAAGAACCUUUAGGAUUGUUCGAUCAAUUAUACGACAAACCGUGGACGAGAUUAGGGCCUUACAUUGUAGGUAUGGCCAUUGGAUUUUAUCUUGCUAAAAUUAAUUGCAAAGCUACCUACCACAAGGGCCUUGUCACGUUUCUCUGGAUCAUUUCAAUCGUAACAACAUUCGUUUUGGUUCACGGGUUGUAUAACGAACUUAACGAAAUACAAUCUGCUGCUUAUGUUGCACUAAGUCACACUGCCUGGGCACUUUCCAUAAGCUGGAUAAUAAUCGCAUGCGUCACAGGAUAUGGGGGACCUGUAAACGUCAUAUUAUCGUCAAAAAUAUUAAUUCCCAUAAGUCGUCUCACAUAUUGCGCGUAUUUAAUUCAUCCUCUUAUAAUGUUGUCUGCCAUGGCUCACAUGGAUGGUCCGAUACAUUUACAAAGGGAUACAAUGAUAAUUGCCAUUUUCGGGUAUUUUUCCAUGUCUUAUUUGGCAUCGAUCGUCAUAUCGGUAUUGUUUGAAGCACCAGCCGUUGCACUCUUACGACAAUUUCAUCCUCUUAAAAGAAAAUUUAAAUAA